UGAAAAUCGCUCUAUAGGAUUUCCCCACACAAAACCAGCUGUCUGCUGUCCCAGCAGGCCGAGCCAGCUCUGCUCUGAGAGGUAACUAUCGCCUGGAUUUUUGCUUUGGAAACAAACACCGCGACUGUUUAAAUGGAUGUGUUUACUCCGGAGCUGCACCGGGCCUUGUUUACAUCUCAGUCCCCGGAGUAGAGUAGAUUGUGCUGGAAGCUGUUUUCCAAAUGAGUGACGGAGAGUGCGACUUCUUCUGCUUCUUCCGCUGCUGCUGAGUGCGCUCCAUCGCGCCUCAGUCAGACAGGAGGGGGGUGGAGCUUCUCUCCACACGGCGACCAAAGUGGAAAGGCAAGAAGAAAAAAGGUGGGGGGUAGUUUCGGUCGUACCAUUCAAGCCAUAACUGGACAUCUUCAAUCCGACAGGUAGGCGACUUGUCUACCUGUCCGGGUGAUUGGCACAAUCGACUGAAUGUCUGUGGACAUGAACAGCCAGGCGUCGGACAGCAAUGAGGAAGACUUUGGGGUUAACUCUGAGGAAGAGGAGGAUGAUGACGGAGGAGAGGAAGAUGAUCAGGGAGAUAUCGCAGGCUAUUAUGAUGGGGUGGCAAAUGACGUUGAGCAACAGGGCGCUGAUUCUUUCGACCCGGAGGAGUACCAGUUCACCUGUUUGACGUACAAAGAGAGCCAGCGUGUGUUGAUAGAGGAAGUGAACACUGUUGCUGCUGCUCUGAAGGUUUCACCAUCGGUAGCAAAACUGAUCCUAGUGCAUUUCCAGUGGCAGGUUGCACAAAUACUGGACGCUUGUAAGUCCAAUUCUUCUCAGCUUUUGUCAGACGCUCUGGUCCAGCCCAGCAGCACAUGCAGAAUAGCCACUGCCCCUCAGUCCCUCCAGUGUGGUGUGUGUCUACAGGUCGUACGGAGGGACUCCCUGCUGGCCCUGCCUUGUCAGCACUCCUUCUGUAAAGCAUGCUGGGAGCAGCACUGCACCGUACUCGUCAAAGAUGGCAUGGGAGUGGGUAUCUCAUGUAUGGCUCAGGACUGUUCGCUGCAGAUGCCAGAAGACUUUGUCCUCCCACUGCUGCCAGGAGAGGAGCUAAAGGAUAAAUACAGACGCUACCUCUUCAGAGACUAUGUCGAGAGUCACUUCCAGUUGCAGUUAUGUCCGGGUGCAGACUGUCCCAUUGUCAUCAAGGUGCAGGAGCCCAGGGCGCGCAGAGUGCAGUGCAGCUGCUGCAGUGAAGUCUUCUGCUUCAAAUGCCGCCAGAUGUACCACGCGCCCACAGACUGCGCAACAAUUCGUAAAUGGCUGACUAAAUGUGCCGAUGACUCAGAGACUGCAAACUACAUCAGCGCACACACUAAAGAUUGUCCAAAGUGCAAUAUCUGCAUCGAAAAGAAUGGAGGGUGUAAUCACAUGCAAUGCUCCAAGUGCAAACACGACUUCUGCUGGAUGUGUCUUGGAGACUGGAAGACUCAUGGCAGUGAAUACUAUGAGUGCAGCCGAUACAAAGAAAACCCUGAUAUAGUCAACCAGAGCCAACAAGCUCAGGCCAGAGAGGCGCUCAAGAAAUACCUCUUCUAUUUUGAGAGGUGGGAGAAUCAUAACAAGUCCCUGCAGUUAGAGGCUCAGACGUACCAGAGGAUCCAGGAGAAAAUCCAGGAGAGGGUAAUGAACAAUCUGGGAACUUGGAUUGACUGGCAGUACCUGCAUAAUGCUGCAAAGCUACUGGCUAAGUGUCGCUACACACUGCAGUACACCUACCCUUAUGCCUAUUACAUGGAGUCUGGACCGCGCAAGAAACUGUUUGAAUACCAGCAGGCCCAGCUGGAAGCAGAGAUAGAAAACCUUUCAUGGAAGGUGGAGCGGGCUGACAGCUAUGAGAGAGGAGUGGUAGGAGGAGAAUGCGAGCUCAGCGCCAGUGAUAGAGGGGAUUUGGAGAAUCAGAUGCACAUUGCUGAGCAGAGGCGACGCACGCUGCUGAAGGAUUUCCACGACACCUGAAGCUCAAAUCGCGACUGCAAAGCACCAGCAUCCUCCCUCCUUUUUUUCCUACCUUUGCUUCCUACCAGGAUCAUCUGUUGUUGCAGUCAUACUUACCCUGCUUCCCUCACCCUUAUCAUUUGCUUCCUCAGCUCUGUCUUUCUCUCCUCUUACACCCAGAAUGCUGCAGGGUCACAGAAUGUCAGUCAUGUAUGGACCCCCCCUCCUUUCUUCCCCAGCUGUUUGAUAUAUUUGACACAACAUCUGUUGUGGUUACACUCGUUUCAACUCAUCAGAUCUGAUCUUGUGGGUCAUUUUGUGAGGUUUUGUGUCGAUAAAUAGAGUAAAAUCGCUAUGACCAAGCAACUACAGGGAUUGUGUUGCCUGCUGGAGAUCAGAAUCUACCUGAAUAGUUUUCCUUUGAUGGUGGGAUUAUUGCUUAAAAGGAGCAGCCUGUACUGUUGUGUCGCGGAGGAAUAGGUGGUGGA